AUGUCUUCCAUUGAAUAUGAUAAUAAUGAUCUUACAGAAAAAGUUGCUACAGAAGAAAUUGAAGAUGAAGUAUAUCCUAAAAAUGUAUAUAUUAUGAGAAGUAAUAAUCAAUUACGAGAACUUCAUACACUUCUACGCGACCGGACGACAUGCCGAAGUGAUUUUAAAUUUUAUGCUGACCGUCUUAUACGCUUAACGGUUGAAGCUGCACUCGAUCAAUUGCCAUAUAUACCAUGUGAGAUAAUAACACCAACGGGUCAUUCGUUCGAUGGUCUACGCCAUCAAAAAGGAACUCUAUGUGUAUCAUUAAUGAGAAGUGGAGAAGCUAUGGAGAAAGGCAUUCGUGAAUGUUGCAGAUCUAUAAGAAUAGGUAAAAUAUUAAUAAAUGAAGGUCAAGUUAUAUAUGCCAAAUUGCCAGCUGAUGUUCAGCGAAGACAUAUUCUUGUUGCUUAUCCUGUGGUUACAACCGGUUCAACGGUGUUAGCUGGUCUUGAAGUCUUAUUGAAAGAAUAUCAAUGUAGAGAAUCGAAUAUUAUUUUAGUUACAUUAUUUUCAACGCCUGAAGGCAUCAAGCAAACUUGCGAACGCUAUCCAAAUAUAAAAAUAGUCGUUUCAGAGAUAAAUAAAAUACCGCCAAAUCAUUUUGGUCAAAAAUAUUUCGGUACCGACUAA